AUGGCCGAACUCACUGGACUCACUAGCCCUCGUAUGGACUGGAAUGCAACCGAUCUUCAACAAGCGCUAAAAAAGUUCAAGGCAACCGUCGAAUUGUACUUUUCUGGCCCGCUUAAGUCCAAAUCGGAGGAAGAAAAGGUCAGUUAUCUGUUGAUAUGGACGGGAGAAGAAGGAAUUGAAUUAGUUUCUACGUGGUCGCUAACCUCAGACGAGAAGAAAAAGCUGUCAACUUACUGGGAGAAGUUUGAAGAAUACGUCGCCCCCAAGAGCAAUUUUCGCUUAGCACGAUUUAAACUACGCACUCUGAAGCAAAAGGACGAUGAACCAGUGGAUUCAUUUAUAAAGAAAGUAAGAUUGCUAGCCAGCGAAUGCAGGUAUGAUAAUAUAGACGAACACAUUAUUGACGCUCUAAUUUUCGGGUCUCGCCGCCCACGUGUCCAGGCUAAACUCCUCGAGUUAGACAAAACUCUAACGCUCGCUAAGGCAAUAGACAUAGCCAGGACUGAGGAAGCCACUUCGGCUCAGUUACAAGAUAUUAGAGGCACAAACACUAUACCUGUACACGCAACAACCCACAAAAGCCCUUCUUCACAUCCCAAGACACACUCACGUGAAAAUAAACAAGUACAAACUUGUGGGAACUGUGGCACUAGCCAUGAUGUGACACAAAAAUCCCUGUGCCCCGCAAACGGAACAAAAUGCAGCAACUGUGGGAAACCAAACCACUGGGCCAAGGUUUGCCGUUCCACCAAACCCCAAGGUCCCACCCCGAGGGGAAGAGGCAGGCGGGGAAACCGGAACAAAUCAAAGCAACAGAUAAACACCCUCAGCAAUGAGAAUGCUAGCACUGCACCUGAGCCCCUAGAUUCCCCACAGUUAUAUUUUCACUCUCUAACCAUUGAUAGUAUGUCUCGACAGAACACUCAAGCGCUCGUCAACAUACAGGUUAACUCGAGUAACGGGACACUACCACUAUUAUGCAAGAUUGACACUGGUGCUGAAGGAAAUGUGAUCCCAUUAAGCAACUACAAGCACAUCUAUCCAGAGUCACUCUGCGACAUAGACGGCAAGCCCCUCAGCUUAGCCCCAUCAGAUACAAGGAUAACAGCAUAUGGAGGCCAUGAAGUACAACACUACGGUACCUGCAACCUCACUUUACUACAUAACGCUUGUAACCCUUAA